AUGUCAACCUUUAAGAAUUUGAUCGUUUUUGGUGCACACGGUAAAGUGGGCCAGCAUUUGAUUAGAUUAGUUGCCAAGCUGAGCAUCAAUGCUACAGCUGUUGUUCGGAACGACGAGCAAGCGACCACCAUCAAAAAUAUUUCAUCGGGUUCUCCAAACAUCGCUUCUUCCAAAUUGGAUCUUGCGGAUGCAUCAGUUGCGGACUUGGUGUCAGCUAUCAAAGGUCACGAUGCAGUUGUUUUGACCGUCGGUUCUGGGGGAAAGAAUUUAUUACAGAUUGACUUAGAUGGCGUGGUUAAAGCUUUCGAAGCCACGGUUGAGGCCAAAGUUAGAAGAUUGGUCAUAGUCAGUGCUUUAUUUGCAGAGCACCGCGAAACUGGUCUUAAAUCAGGACUUAGAAACUAUUACAUUGCCAAACACUAUGCUGAUCGUAUUUUAAUUGAUGAGUUUGGAAACAAGUUGGACUAUACAAUUGUUAAGCCAACACUUUUGACUGAUGAGUCACCCACAGGUAAAAUCAGGGUGUUAAAAAGCAUCAGUGAAGACAAUGGUUCCAUUACAAGAGCAGAUGUUGCACAAGUGCUCGUUGAUAUUCUUGGCUUCAAGGACACAUUUGGUAAGAGUUAUGAUAUCGCCAAUGGAGAUAAAAGAAUCGACGACCCCAAUACAUUUCAAUAG